CAAAUCCAGUACAAACGAUAGAUUUACUUCAUUUUUUGGAAAGCUAACAUCUGUCGCUUUCUACAUACGUAUGAUCGAUUGUGAAAGAAUCGAUUAUCAAAUAGUUGAUUGUGGUUGUGAGAUAAUCGAUUACCACAGGGAAUCCGCCCUGUGGGGUUAGUGAUGCGUGUUGCUUUCGAUAUAGGAUAUGGCUGGUUAAUAUUCUAUGAAGAAAGGGGGAGGUUUCUGUAGCUGAAAGUCUUUUUUAUUUCAGUUGUCUGAUAAAUUUAUUAAUUUUCCCCACUUUAAUUAUUCAUUUCAUUAUUUUCAAUAUGUGAAAUUUCCAUUUUACAGUGUUUUCUCCCCGUAAAACUCCUGUUUCAACAUUCCAUAACCUAACUUUAGUUCGUAUCAAGCUUUCCCCGUCCUUUAUGCCCCAGGAAAGAAAACUUGUUGGUUUUUUUCUUUGUUUUUACCUUUUUAACCGGUAAUUUCGCGAAAUGGCAACACCAACUAAUGGAAGUGGAAACCUAGUAGAGGAGUUCGACGAAGCGUUUCAGCAAUGCCUGAAUGUUUUAACCAAAGAGGAAGGUCUGAGCAACAACAGCAUUGGCAGCAGCUUGGCAGUUGACAAAGACGAGGCUCGGAUGGAAGUGGAGCAGGUUACCCUGAGAUUCAUAGACUUGGCAAGGCAGAUGGAGGCUUUUUUCUUACAAAAAAGAUUUCUCUUGUCUGCAUUGAAACCGGAAUUGGUAGUCAAAGAAGACAUCAAUGACCUCAAAUUGGAGUUGACAAGAAAAGAUGACCUCAUAAAAAGGCAUUACGAGAAGAUUGCACUUUGGCAACACCUCCUAGCUGAUCUUCAGGGAUGGGCAAAAUCACCAGCACAAGGACCAGCCCCGAACGGUUUAGCAAAUGGUAAUCAAGCACCUCAAGGCCAGCCCGGCGCAAAUGGCACAGGAGGUGCACAAAUACCCCCUCAACCACCGCAGGCGCCCCAAAUGCUUCAACAUCAGCAUCAACUACAGCAGCAACAGCUGCAGAUGCAGCACAGCCAAAUGCAACAGCAACAAAUGCACCAACAGGUCCAGCAGGGCGCCGGGGCAGCUGCCGUACCUCCAGGACUUCAGGGCGUUAACGUGGUACAACAGGGAAUGUUCAUGGGCCAAGGUGGUGUUGCGGGACGUGGUGGUUUUCCAGUCGGUGGCGUAGGUGUUGGUAGCAGUUCACUGCAAGGUCCACUUGCAUUCCUGGAGAAGACAACGAGCAACAUAGGGAUGCCCGAGAGGCGGAGUUGACGCGGAAGGGGGAGGGGGCGAGGACGAGGACGUGGACGAGGAAGAGGAAGAGGCCGUGGUACUGGUGGUUUACCACCACCACCACCCAUCCUCGAUCCCACGGAUCCGUCUUGUUACGCUGCAGCAGCUGCAGUAGCUGCUGUGGCAUCAUCGCCCCUUCCCUCUCAACAGCAACAGCCCCCUCCCUCGUGCACCUGAGUGGUGCAGUUUAAUUUUAUGCCCUCCGAUAACUGCAAAUAUUUUCAGUACCUUUUUUUCUUUAUAACAUUCCAAUGGAGUGGGUGUCACAUCGGCUGGGGUUUUCAUAAAUUAUGAAGUUUAUUAAUUUCGUAAAUAUUCUUUGCACUUUGGUUGGCUACCCUUCUUGGCUAUUUUUAAUCAACAAGGACAUUAUUCUUAUUUUUUGUUACAAUUUAAUUGGACUAGCGAAUAACCCGAACCGAUGAUUUCACCCUCGCAAAAUUGAAAUGAGGAGAUGGCGUAAUGAUUUUUCCGUUUUUUUUUGUGAAAAAUUUAUCAUUCUGUGGGUAAAGUGAUGAAUGAUAUGAUUAGAGUUGAAUAAUUAUCAAAGUGCAAAUGCAACAAUUUCCAUUAUAAUAAAUCCACUAUUUCAUUUUCUUUAGCUAUCUCCUUUCUUUACUCUCAAUUCCCUUUAAUUUAUAGUUUUGUAAUUUAGUUUAUUUUUUUUCUUUUUCGAUGUACAUAAUGAUAAGCUGAACCGUUAUCUGUACUUAUUUAAUACUAAUUCCGCCUAGAGUUUAAUUAUUCAGUAAUAAUACAUGGUUUGAGUAUUGUGAAAUUGAGAAAUAGAGUGUGAGAGGAUGAGUGAGUGAAUUUAGGUAUACCCUCGAAUGAUAGAUUUUCCUUUAUCGAUCGUUCAUUUUUGUUGAAGACAAAUAAAUUAAAUAACCAUUAUGAA